AUGUCGGCCGAAUCUUACAAUGUGCUCCUAGCUUGGUUGGAAGAUAUAUUCCCCUCUACCGCAGCGGAAUUCGACCUAUCGUUUCCCUCGACUCUGCUGCAGGAGCUGUCAUUUUACUGCGGUUCUCUGCAGGAUCCUGCUCUUGAUCAUUGUCAGCGCACAAUGAAGCUGGCGCGUCCUGUUCUCAGUGCGCUAGCAACGAUCUGCUCUCUCGAAGAUCUCGAAGAAAAACCCGAAUCGCCUCAGGACACGCGUAAGCCGAGGCGUGUCUCGCAAAAGCAAGCGAAGAAGGCCAAGCGUGCUGAACGUCGACUAAACAUUGAUGAAGGGCCAUUCAUCAGGCUCGGGGCUAGCGUUCCUGCGAGCAAGGAAGACGCUUUGACCUUGUCUCAAGAUACUCUGAAAGCCCAGUAUGCUAUCCUCACAACUUAUCUUGAGGUCCUACGAAAGCCCGAGCUCGCGGAGCACAUCCACAGCUGCUACAUGCCGAUCAUCGCACCUCCGGAAGAGUCGUCAAUUCUCGCAGAUACCCAGGACCCGGCAGAAAUCGAGACCACCUUCACCACUAUCGAAGUGGAGCCCGACCUCCCGUCUGCCUACCCAGCGGUGCAGCCGCUGAGGGCCGCGCUCUACUUCGACAGUCCGAACGGCUUCGGACUCUGGAGGCUCAUCAUGCCUCAACGCGCUGAGAAGGACUUGCGCGACGCGCGGAAGAAGGAUCCCAAGCUGUUCGAUAUUAUCAUCAAGAAGCUGAAAGAGCUCUCACAUGGUCAUUUCUCUGCGGACAACCAGAAGCGUCUCGUCGGAUCUGACAACGGUCUCCCUAUCUUCGAGGCCAAGAUGACAGGCGAUACUCGGCUCGUGUAUCGCGUGGAUUGCGAACAAGAAUACGGAUCUGAUGUAAGCACAUUACUCCGUAUCUAUGGUAUAUACACCCACGCCCAAAUGCAUGGUCGUCGAUUCUGGGACGCGGUCUCGCGCAUGGGCGGGGGCGGCAAGGAACACCGCAAACGAUGUAUAUAUCGCAGUGCGCCCCGGACACCGGGUAGCAACGUCAUCCCACCUGCAAUGUGGCCUCCGCCGGAGGAUAACGAGGACGAAGAGGACGGACUGCAGCUCCCUGAUCUCAGCGUCGAGGACAAACAGGAGCUACAAAAUCUGCUACGCUCUGAGAAGUUUGUUCCGUUCUCACAAGCUUUCCUGAAUGGCACGUCUUGCUCUUUCGUUGGUAUAAUAUCGGACAAAGACGUUAACCACCCGUUUUAUAUGUCAGCACAGGAACAAGCCAUCGUUCUCCACCCUGGCUCCUGCUUCGUCCUUGGUCGUAGCGGUACAGGCAAGACGACAACGAUGGUUUUCAAGAUGAUUGGCAUCGAGCGCAUGUGGCGUAGCCUUGAAGAAGGACUCACCGAGGCAACACCGCGGCCCCGGCAGCUGUUCGUCACUCAAUCGCGCGUCCUGGCCGAGAAGGUCGAGGAGUACUUCAGAAAAAUGAUGCUCGCCGUGGACGUCGAGGGCCAAGCCAUGCCACUAUCUCCCCGGGUUGACACACGCUCUUCCGGAGGCAUCGAUUUCGGUAUGGUCGACAAGGACGAGGAAGAUCGACAUCGUAGCGUGCUACCGCAGAAGUUCUCCGACCUAUCUGACGACAAUUUUCCGCUCUUCCUAACAUCCGAUCAGCUUUGUCGACUUCUGGCUGCUGACUUCAACGAGCUGGUCGAUGCACAAAAACGUGUCAGGGAAGGAAGGCCACUCAAGGAAGACUUUGACUUAUCGACACAGGGUGAUUUGCGCCGUGUCCCACACAAUGUCAUCUCGUACUACACGUUCCUUACUUUGUACUGGCGGAGAUUCCCCCAGGGGCUUACCAAAGGAUUAGAACCGUCGUCGGUAUAUGCUGAAUUCAUCGGAAUCAUAAAGGGCUCCGAGCGAGCAUUGUGCAGUGCGGACGGCAUACUCGACAGGCAAAGCUACUGUGACACCAGCGAGCGAGUGGCAGCCUUUAGCGGACAGAGAGACAACCUAUACAGUCUCUUUGAAGCCUAUUUGAAGGCGAAAAGAAGAGAUGGACAAGCGGAUAGUGCUGAUAGAACACACACUAUAAUCCACAAUUUCCUGCAGUACGGUGUCCCGGGCCAGAGGUUAUUCCUGCGAUUCAUCUGUCGGAGACCGGACGGUGUAUUCUGGGCAGGCGAUACCGCUCAGACAAUAAGUGCAGGAAGCUCUUUCCGCUUCAACGAGCUCAAGGCGUUUAUGUAUCGACUGGAGAAUGGAAGCAAGACAUCGAACUCCCGCACCUUCCAGCUCACGAAGAAUUACCGGUCACACGGCGGUAUCGUCAAGUGCGCGAACGCGGUCGUUCGACUCAUAACCAAAUUUUGGCCAUACACUAUCGACUUCCUGGAGGAAGAGAAGGGCACGAUUGAUGGUCUUAAGCCUACGUUUUUCAGUGGCGGCAGUGGUGAGGCUCCUGAGUUUGGAGAGUUUCUGUCUGAUGAAGGUGGCUGCACCAUCGAGUUUGGCGCGAAGCAAUGUGUCAUCGUCCGAGACGCUACCACUCGCGACCAGCUGUACUCGGAAUUAGGGGACGUCGGCAUCAUCCUGACUCUAUACGAGAGCAAAGGGCUAGAAUUUGAGGAUGUUGUUCUGUACAACUUUUUCGCAGACUCUACGGUCGGCGCCUCACAGUGGCGGCUCGUUUUGUCUGAGCUUUCGGACUCAGAGGGUCUCGCCGUCAAGAGUCCUAUAUUCGACGAGAUCAAACAUCAUGGCCUUUGUCGCGAACUCAAGUCUCUCUAUGUGGCGAUUACUAGAGCACGCUUGAACCUUUGGAUCAUCGACUACUCCAAUAAGGGAGAGCCUAUGCGUCAUAAAGGUCAAAUAUCCACCUGGGUUCCAGGAUCACCUGUUCCUCGUCUUGCUACAACCUCGUCUCGCGCAGAAUGGGGGACCGCUGCCAAGAGCCUCUUCAGCAACAGGAACUACAUGCAAGCAAUGUACGCGUAUCAAAGGGCUGGCAUGACACGAGAGAAAACCAUCGCAGAAGCUUACCACCUACGAGCAGUUGCGGAGCAGAAAGCGGAGACCAGUUCACUCGGAGACUCAGAGAUGGUCAGCGCGUUCGUGCAGGCUGCGCAUGCGUUCAGGACGGCUGCGGAUGCUGCCGAUAGUCCGCAGCUCCGGCGGACGUACUAUCGUAUCUGUGCUGAAUGUUUCGUAACCGCGGGUGACGAUGUCAGCGCGGCGAAGUUCUUCGAAGGGGCGGCCGAGUACGACCUCUCCGCUAAGCACUAUCGCAAGGCAGGCUCUUUCGAUGACGCUGUCAGACUGACGAAGACGUACGAAUCUGAAAUGGAGCAGACAGUCCUGGAAAGCAUCAUCGACGUGUCGAAGCUGUACUAUCUCAAAUCGGGAGACAUCGGCAAAGCGCAAGAACUCUUUGGUUCUGUCGAAGAGGUCGUCGAUUAUACUGACCUCUACGGCCUCGAUGCCGCACGUGCAGCCCUUUACGAGAGUAACUGCCGCUAUGCUGAUGCCGCUUCAGCCCAUCUCCAAUCGGGAAAUGUCGACGAAGCUGUUCGACUCUUCCUUCGAGCUUCAACAGAGGACAUAACGAACGUACGCCGAGCAUGCGACUGUAUCCUCGACGAGCUGUGGAAGACCUUGCCUCUGGACGUCGAGCUGUCAUCUCAUAAUCCGCGAAUUAGGAAGCUGCUGGACUUAUCUGCAAGUUUAAUGCAGCAUGAGCUGCCCAGCAUUGAGCGAGACCAGCUAACCAUGUUCGAGGCUAUCGUUUCUGGUCAUCAACAAAAUCUUAUAGCUCUCGGACGCAAAUUUAGUCAGUUACAUCCCGCCAGCACCAUUCGUUGUUUGGACCACGUCUUCUCUGCCGAAGCAAUAUCAUCUGGAUUCAAGUCGGAUGAUCUCGCGAAGACCUGGUCCAUGCUCGAGGCCUUCUCGGUGUACACUCGCGCCCUGCGAUCCAUGGCGUAUUCGCACCAAUCAUGUGAUAAUCCCGACCUACAGAGAUUACUCUCGUUCUCAGUGACUGUACAAGGUGAACAGUACCAAGUCCACCCCGGUACCUUGCUUGCGCAGGAAUUGGUACGGGUGGGCCAUGCCCAUGUCGGCGUCCCGGAGACUGGCAUCCAAGUGCCUCGUUACAUUAUGCCGCGUGUCAUUCGUCGGUUUUUGCAACAACGCCUUCUCGACCGUGUUCGGAUGGAGAAUGAUGCCUGCCGAUCCUCGUCGAUGUGGUCACAACCAUGCCUCAAUUUCGCCGUCGAUGAACACUGCCCAAGGGAUGCCAACCAAUGUCAACGGCCGCAUAUACUUUGGGAUAAUCUUCCUGCGCACUCCCAGCAGCUCUCGCCAUUGAUACUGACACAGAUGCGGAUUUACGAGGACGCAAGCAAUGUUGAGCGGUGGACGGAGCGCUGGGAUCAGCACAGAUGGUGGCUGUCUCGCUUGUACCAGACUUGGCAACCGUGGUUCGGGAAGUUGACUACCACGUUGGAUCCUGCAGUGGACAACUUCGUCGUCGGGAAAUGGCUUUAUGAAGCAUUCUUUGAUCAUUCCCUGGAUCCGACAAUCGGCUUCGUACCUGACGGGUUCUUGACCGGACUCCUACGUUACAUGAUGCUGCACAGAAUCGCUAUGCGGACCGAUAGCCCUCCCUACGCACACAGGAUUCCUUGUAUCACAGGCCCGUUCCCAGCCUGGUUACGGCGACACACCGAUGGCGUUCACAUCACACAUGAUUUAUUGCUUUUCUUCAACGGACAUCCUAGAGGCAUUCCGAUCUGUACCAGAUUUCUGAGGCAUAUCAUGGGGUGGCGUCUCCCGAUAGACGGCGCAGUCCUUUGCGAUUUCCUCGACGUUAUAUCCUCAGCUCUCGUCGUCAUAUGUCGGGCUCGCACAUUUUCUGGGGUUCAUAAUGUUGUUCUUCCCCGCAGGUGGUUGCUGAGUGUCGCUGGAUUGUUUCUCGAUGGAUUCACUUCUCAGAAAGAAGUGGGUUUGAUUGCUGACUACGUGAAGGUCGUGGGAUUCCUCUUGCGACGUCUCUAUACUGGUAACGAUAUAGGUAGGCUCUCCACCUCGGAGCCAUUAAAUACAAAUUUCCCUCCGCCGCUCAGCUGCCAGAACUUGUCCAUAGUGGGACACAAUAUUCAGAAUCUGGACAUCAAGACCGAGAUCCAUCGUAUGCUUCGGUCGCUUGGCACAUCUGACGAGGCGAUCAAUCCGCAUUGGCUGUAUGAAAGACUGGUCGCCGCGGUUCAUUGGGAGCAAAUCGCAGAUAUUGUUCGAAAUAACUCCUUCGAGCUCGCCAUCGACGAUAUGAUACAACUCGCAGACCGUAGCAGGGUUGCGAACAUGCCCCUUCCAGCUGGGAACCUCCGACGCGUGGUUUACGAUCGUCCAGCCAAUAUUCCCAGCCUACUCGUAUCCGAUGAAUCCCCUGUAGCCGUGUCUCCGGAUGACGAAGUUGACGGCGAGGCGACGGAAGAUCUUGACGAGGCGCCGGCCCAGUUUGCGUCCUACAUAGAGAAGGAGCUGGCAAUUGUGCGCAGAGCCACCUUGAUAUACCUCGAAAGGACACGACGACGGCUGCGAAUGAGCGCGUUUGGGCCUCCGAGCGCGCUCGGCCUUCUCCGCGUGCGGCACUUCAACGAAUUUUUGGCGCAGUCGGCGCAGAUGCCCUGGUCGGGACCACUCCACACCUUCUACCGCAAGCUGUAUCUUGGGCCUGUCCCGCACAUUAUGGUCGCCUUGGACUGUGUCCUGGAGUACUUGCACGGGCGGAAGAGGAAGGAGACGAUGCGGCUUGGCGACAAGGGCGGUGACCAUCUCGAGCUGGACGCUAUCCAAGCCGAGGUCAAACGAUGGGAGUCUCUUCGCCCACAGUCCGACAUACACCGAGAAGCUGAUCGCGAACGACUUGAACAGCUCGUAUCCGAGGUUCGGAGAUUUAUCCUCGCCAUACCUGAGAACCCCGAUAGGAGCUGGGAGGAUGACUUGAGUAUUGCCGUCAAAGGUAUCUUGGUGAGGAAGAAGGCAGUUGCGUCCAUUCAGCAACGGAAGCCGGAGCUGCAGGUAGAAGACGACCUCGAUUAUUCCUACAUGUGCGACUAGAGCUAUGCACUUUACCAACAUCUAUAGUUACUUCAUUGCCUGUGUGUGUAUUCGCACUAGUAAUAGACUAAAAUAUGACGAAUGUCAU